AAAGGGUAAUUGAAACCAACCCUAAGCUCCUAUUAUCUCCGCUCUAAAGUUACAUUUGGCGCCGUCUGUGGGAAACCGAACUGAAAGCUCUCUUGUUGCUCUUAUCAUGUUUAGAACUAGGUCAGUCCGAGCUGGAAAUUCAUCUCAGCCUCUCAGACGGGGUCAGGUCCCCAGCAACCUCCCACCUCAUCCCCCGCCCCCAAUCCCGCAUACAUUCCCUUAUGUUCACCAUGCAGAAGGAGGAGAUGAAAAUCAGCCACACAAUUCGGCUCACAACUCAGCCUCUACUGCUAACCGAGACAACAAUCCUAGUGAUCCACUCAUCAACCUACUUAAUCCUGCUCCACAACCCCCAACUCCACAACAAAAUCCUGAGCCAGUUCAGCAUGCUCCUACUAUUAGUGAAUCUCAGGGCCAAUCUCACAUCGCACCAGUUCAGCAACCCCUUCAUGAUGAUGUCACUCGACGUUUAGACAGCUUAGAAAAGCCAGUGGUUGAAUAUUUACCACCGAGGUCAAUCAGCUAUUAUACAGAAAUGGCAUCUGCUUUUGCCACGAAGUUUUCCAAUAGAAGGUUGAUCAAGAAAACUACUUUCGAGCUAAUGCGAGUUAGGCAAAGGGACGAAGAGUCUUUGAAGAAUUUUAUGAGCAGAUUCAAUGAUGCAGUACUGGAGGUUAACUCCUUCGACCAGGCUGUGGGAAUUACAGUUGUGAUCUCAAGUCUCAGCCAUGAGAGAUUCAGGGAUAGCCUGCUUAAACAUCCUGCCACCACCUUCAGCGAGGUAAAUGAUAGAUCACUGAAAUUCAUCACUGCUGAGGAAUAUGCGCUGUCGCAGAACCCAGUCCCUAUUAAGAACCAACACCCAGACUGGAGAGAUGAGAAUCCAAACAGGAAGCGGAUGAAGACAACACAGAACCGAGCUGUGAUCUCAAGUCUCAGCCAUGAGAGAUUCAGGGAUAGCCUACUUAAACAUCCUGCCACCACCUUCAGCGAGAUUAAGAACAAGAUGGAUCUAAGGCGUCCUGGUCCGAUGAAAACUGCUCCUGUUAGCCGCAAUCAUACUAGAUAUUGUGAUUUCCAUCAAGAUCACGGUCAUACAACAGAGCAAUGCAACAGUUUGAGAGAACAAGGGCCACCACCUCAAGGAGUCCGUAACCCGCCAAACCGACAAGUCCCAGUUGAAGGAGUCCUCACAAUGAAUGUUGCAUUUGGAAGUGGCCGGAGUUAUGUGACCCCUUCAGUUAGGUUUCUGGUAGUCAAGAUGGCGUCCUCUUUCAACGUCGUCAUUGGCCGACCAACACUGACUGAAAUCCGAGUUGUGGAGGUGGCCCGACAUUGCUAUAUCACCUCGGUAACAAAACCUCAGAAGGGCAAAGCUCAGACGCCCAAGACUAAUCCCAAACGGAUUCCUGAUGAUCGACAAGUUAUGGGUGUUGAAAUAGUAGAUAAUCGACCAGAAGAUGACACCAGAGCUGCUCUAGUCGAAGAUGUGGAAGAGGUACAGAUUGAUGACAUGGAUCCGACCAGGAAAACACAGAUAGGAACUUGGCUGAGCCCCGAUGAGAGAACAGAUCUAAUUGCCUUUCUUCGAGCUAACAAAGAUGUUUUUGCAUGGACCUCAACAGAUAUGAUGGGAAUUCCCACUUCGGUUUCUCAACAUAAACUCAGCACCAAUCCACUCAAGAAACCAGUAGCCCAGAAGCGGCGCCUCUUUAGGGGGGAGAGGUUAACGAUCAUCAAAGAAGAAGUUGAAAAAUUCUUGCAAGCUGGCUUUAUUAGACAGGUCGAUUACUGUGAGUGGGUCGCCAAUCCUGUUUUGGUGAAGAAAGCAAAUGGCAAAUGGCGGAUGUGCAUCGAUUACACUAACCUCAACCAGGCAUGCCCAAAAGACUAUUACCCAAUGCCAAACAUUGACGAACUGGUUGAGGCAGCUUCUGGAAACGAGAGAUUAAGUCUCUUGGACGCAUACUCUAGCUACCACCAGGUUCCAAUGGCUCCUGAAGAUGAAGAAAAAACCUCGUUCUAUGCCGGCGAUGAAAUCUAUUGCUAUGUGAUGAUGCCCUUCGGCCUGAAGAACGCAGGUGCCAUUUACCAAAAGAUGGUUACCAUCGUAUUCCGAGCUCAAAUAGGCCGAAAUCUGGAAGUAUAUGUUGAUGAUAUCGUGGUGAAAAGUUUGAAAGCGGGAGAUCACUUAACCGACCUCGAGGAGACAUUUAACAACCUCCGAAAAAACAAAAUGAGGCUGAAUCCAGCAAAGUGCAUCUUCGGCGUAGAGUCUGGAAAGUUUCUCAGCUUCAUGGUGUCCAAGAGGGGGAUCGAGGUUAACCCUGAGAAGAUCAAAGCAGUAGCCGAGAUGGAACCACCGAAGUCAAUGAAAGAUAUACAAAGGUUGACUAGAAGAGUGGCAGCUCUUCAUCGGUUCAUAUCAAAGUCAGCAGAUAAAUGCCUACCAUUUUUCAAGAUUAUGAGGUCAACCGCCCAGAAGGAUGAAUCGGAUGAAGCCAUUAGCUCAUUCCUGGUGCGAGAGGAAGCCAAACAGCAGAAGCUGAUCUAUUACAUCAGCAAUGUGCUGCAUGGAGCAGAGCUGAGAUAUCCAAUUUCUGAGAAAGCAGCUUUAGUAGUUGUCACUUCGGCCAAGAAGUUGAGGCCAUAUUUCCAGUCACACCUGAUCGUUCAGAAAUCUGCGAUCCGAGCUCAAGCACUGGCAGAUUUUAUUGUAGAAUGCACUCCACAUCAUUCAACCCCCAAUCCAGAGCCCAACGAGUGGACCUUAUAUGUUGAUGGGGCAUCUAGUAGCAAAGGUUUAAGAGCUGGUGCUCUCUUGAUUGGCCCAAAUGGGUACCAAAGUGAACAUGCCAUGAAGUUCAACUUCGAUGCAACAAAUAACAUGGUUGAAUAUGAAGCUCUGCUACUUGGUUUACAACUAGCAUUCGAGUUAAAAAUCAGCGCAAUCCAGGUGUACAGUGACUCCCAGCUGGUGGUGAAUCAAAUCAACUCAAUCUGCGAAGUUGUCGAUACAGUGAUGAUGAAGUAUGUAACCCUCGUGGCCGAGCUGAAGUGCAGAUUUCAGAGGUUCUAUCUGAGCAAAAUUCCCCGAACUGAGAAUGAACAGGCAGAUUCACUUUCCAAAUUUGCCUCAGAUAGCUCUUUAAGUUCUAGAUCAAUUUUUGUGGAGGACGGGGUGAUACCUGAAGAUAAGCAGGAGGCAAUGAAGUUGAGGAAGAAAGCAUCUCGGUAUACACUUGUUGAUGGGGUCCUUUAUAAGAGAUCUUUCUCACUCCCUCUUCUACGGUGCUUAAACCCCUACGAAGCGGAAUACGCACUCAGGGAGGUGCAUGAAGGCGUCUGCGGGAGUCACAUUGGUGCUAGAACUCUGGCCCACAAAGUUUUGAGACAGGGAUAUUACUGGCCAAACAUAUAUGGAAUCCCGAAUCAGAUUGUUGCUGAUAAUGGAACUCAAUUCAAUUGCUCCUCAUUCCGAGAUUUUUGUUCCAACUACGGGAUCAAACUGCAGUUCACCUCGGUUUACCAUCCAGAGUCCAAUGGCAUGGUCGAAUCUGUUAACAAAAGCAUUUUAGAAGGUGAAACACCUUAUCAUCUGGCCUUUGGUACCGAAGCAGUCAUUCCUAUCGAGAUAGCAGUCCCAAGCUUCAGGGUCACCCAUUUUGAUGAAGGACGAAAUGGACAACUGCUUCGGGAGCACCUUGACCUGCUUGAUGAAGCCAGAGAAGAAGCCCGACUUUGAACUCUAGUUUACAAGCAGAAAAUAACCAACUUCUACAAGA